GGUUCAAAAAUUCGUCAAAAAUGUCUAUAGAAGAUAUUAUUGAACCAAGUAAUGGAGAUAACAUAAUUAGAACCAAAGAAUGGGUGCCAUACGUUAAUCCCAAUGGUGUCGCCCAUGAAAUUUAUGCAGGAUUAAAAAAGAAUAAAAAUAAAUGUGCACAAAUUGAUGCCGUAUCAGGAGUUUCUGAAACGUUUCAUGCUGUUCUUGAAAGAUCAGUAAGAGUUGCGUGUCACUUGAAAAAAAUGGGAGUAACACCUAAAGAUAUUUUAACUCCGUGCACUACCAAUCACUUAAACACAAGCGUGAUUUUAUACGCAAUCUUCUUUACUGGUGCUAAACCAGCUUCACUUGAUCCUGGAGCACCCGAAGAAGACAAACUGAAGCAACUACAAUUAGUUAAACCCAAAUACAUAUUUGCCACUCCAGAAUGUGUACCUAAAUUAGAAAAUAUAAUAGAAAAACUCAGUUUAGAUACUAAAAUUGUCGUUUUUGGCGAAACAAGCAAGCACAUUUCUUUCGAUGAUUUGUUGACACCUUUACCUGAAGAAGAGAAGAAUUUUAAAGUUUACACCACCAACAAUGUUUUUGAUACCGCCAUGAUUGUUUUUAGCAGUGGUACAACUGGUUCACCAAAAGGAAUUUGUAUAACUCAUUAUCAAAUAUUAGCUAUUUUGUCUAAUCAAAAUUUUGAUAGANCAAGUAAUGGAGAUAACAUAAUUAGAACCAAAGAAUGGGUGCCAUACGUUAAUCCCAAUGGUGUCGCCCAUGAAAUUUAUGCAGGAUUAAAAAAGAAUAAAAAUAAAUGUGCACAAAUUGAUGCCGUAUCAGGAGUUUCUGAAACGUUUCAUGCUGUUCUUGAAAGAUCAGUAAGAGUUGCGUGUCACUUGAAAAAAAUGGGAGUAACACCUAAAGAUAUUUUAACUCCGUGCACUACCAAUCACUUAAACACAAGCGUGAUUUUAUACGCAAUCUUCUUUACUGGUGCUAAACCAGCUUCACUUGAUCCUGGAGCACCCGAAGAAGACAAACUGAAGCAACUACAAUUAGUUAAACCCAAAUACAUAUUUGCCACUCCAGAAUGUGUACCUAAAUUAGAAAUUAUAAUAGAAAAACUCAGUUUAGAUACUAAAAUUGUCGUUUUUGGCGAAACAAGCAAGCACAUUUCUUUCGAUGAUUUGUUGACACCUUUACCUGAAGAAGAGAAGAAUUUUAAAGUUUACACCACCAACAAUGUUUUUGAUACCGCCAUGAUUGUUUUUAGCAGUGGUACAACUGGUUCACCAAAAGGAAUUUGUAUAACUCAUUAUCAAAUAUUAGCUAUUUUGUCUAAUCAAAAGAGACCGUUGCAAAAGCCUGACGAAGAAUUACCAGUAACAAUGUCGUAUGCCUCUUUGGUUUGGACUUCAGGAAUUAUGUUAUCAGUUAUGAGCCCCGUAAUUCCACAAACAAAACUGUUAUGUUCCAACUUUGAAGUAGAAAAAACUUGGACAUAUCUUGAAAAGUACAAAGUGUCCGUAACGUUUUUUGCGCCUCAAGAUUUCUUAGCUUUAGUUAGAUCAGAUAAACCAUCCGGAUUGGAAUUGCCAUCAUUGAAAAUGAUCGCACCAGCAGGUGGGGCAGUUUCGUUAGAAACAUUAACCAAGGCGAAAAUUUUGUUUCCAACUACCCUCGUUUUCCAAGCUUAUAGUCAAACGGAAUUAUGGGGAUUCGGACUCAUUCCUUUAUAUACUCCCGAAGGAUUUGGUGAAUUAACAAGAAAACCAACGUCAACAGGAAAACCAAUGAAAGGGGGUAUUUAUAAAGUCGUUGAUCCUGAAACAGAGGAAGUUCUUGGACCAAAUAAACCUGGAGAAUUACGCAUAAAAACAAAAAUGAUUAUGAAUGGUUAUUACAAAACCGGUAGCCGCGAUAGAUUUGAUUCUGAAGGUUUCCUAAAAACCGGUGAUAUAAUGUACUAUGAUGAAGAUUACACGUUUUUCUUCGUUGAACGGCAAAAAGAAAUGUUAAGGUAUAAAAUGUGCGCAGUUGCACCAACGGAACUCGAAGCAAUUAUCGUUCAACAUCCCUCGGUUGAAGUAGCUGUAGUUUUAGGACUUCCCAGCGAUGAAGGCGACAUCAUCACUGCUGUUGUAGUAAAAUCUAACGAUAAUGUUACCGCUGAAGAACUAGAACAAUUAGUGGCAAGUCAAGUUGAUGACAGAAAACGAUUAAGAGGUGGUGUUAAAUUUAUUAGUAAAGAAGAAAUCCCUUUUACACCAUCUGGAAAAAUUAAAAGAAGACUUCUUCGUCAAUAUAUAAUGGAAAAAAAUUAAAAAUUAAUUAUUACACUAAAA